CACUGGAAUUAAACUAAAAUCAUUAUUAUUAUUAUUAUUGUUAUUAAUAUUAUUACGAUCGAAAGAAAUUUAUUCAGCGAAACGUUUAAAAGUUUACUUUCCCGGCACAUGGUUAAAAGCAAGAAGUAAUUUUGGUAUACCAAUGAGUGUUCAAUACAUUACUUUAUCUCAAAUGAACGAUUGGACAUCUGAUUGGCCAGAUGAAAAAAGUUGGCAAUAUUUACACAUGGCAAAUUAUGAACCACCUUUAUACAUUAAAGAAGGUUAUUGGAUACCAAAUUCAUUUAAAACAAUUUGUACACCCGAAGCUGAACAUAAAAGUUUUACUGAUAUGGUAUAUGAAUUUACACAGGAAGACUAUGAAAAACGAUUUGCCACAUCACUAAGAAAUCUGUUUACGCGGACGGCAAAACAUUAUGAUGGCGGUUAUUUGAAUAUCUUAUCAUUCUUUGUAAAUAUUUGCCAGUGUUUACGUAAAAAUGAUACCCAUUUAUAUUGUCCAAAUCCAUGUCGUAAACCAGAUGUCUGUGAUGUCAGUAUUAAUAGUAAUGGUUUAUGUCUUAUCCUACCGAGUAGUGAACCGCUGAAGGUGAUUCCAUCAAAUUUACGUUCUUUGCUUGGUUCUGCUUAUGCCUACGAUUAUGAAUGUGUAUGUAUUGAUGGGUAUGUGUUUAAUCAUACACUGAAAAAGUGUAUUCCCAUCGAAAAACAAUGUGAUUCUUCUGUGUAA